GCUGGUCCGGUGUACCGAGCACUCAACUACUAUGUUGUGUUCGAUUUGUUCUUGCUCAAAAAAGAGUAAGCACAUUUUAUUGUUCCCCCGCUGGCAAAACCAGUCGAGAUCAAGAUGGCUUGUUGAAAAGAGGCAUGAGCUUUUGAGUGAAAAAUGUCUCUACUCAAACAAAUCGAAAAGUGCCGACAAGAAGUUUCGAUAUCCGAUUCCUUGGACUGAUCCAGCCUUUUAUAAUAAAAACUCACUUGAACGCGAAACUCGCCGUGUUUUUGACGUUUGCAAUGGAUGCAGACUUUGCUAUUCCCUAUGCGAUUCUUUCCCCAAUCUAUUUGACCUGGUGGACGGGUCUAAGACAGAAGAUGUUGAUUCUCUCUCAACUACUGAUUUUAGCAAAGUUGUCAACUCCUGUACAUUAUGCGACAUGUGCUACAUAAAUAAAUGCCCUUAUACUCCGCCCCACCCCUUAAACAUUGACUUCCCAAAACUCAUGCUAAGACACAAAUCAGUCGAAACUAGUGGCAAGCACGAUGUCGUCAAGUUAGAUCGAUUUGGCAUCGACCGUAAACUUGCGAGCGUUCAAGAAUCAACCGGAUCGAAGUUUGGAUCUGAUUCUACACAUAGAAGCGCAACAGGCGUUUCAAAUGUUGACACAAUGUCUAAACAGUCAAUAUUUACGAAGUUGAUGAGCAAAAACUAUCUUCACAGCUUGUACACCAAUAUGGAUCUCAUGGGGACAAUUGCGACUUCUAGCAGGUUUAUGACGAACCUUGUUAAUUGGAUAACUCAGACUACAGAUCCACCAAGUUUCGCACGAAUUAUAUUGUCAAAAUUUGCUCACAUUCAUGAACGUGCAAAAUUGCCAGUAUAUGUUUCAAGAGAGGAGACUUUUGUUCGUAGCUGGAAACGUCUAAACCAGCUGCCAAAUAAAAAGGCAAAAGCAUUUGCAACAAAAAAGCGAAUUACUAUUUAUGCGACUUGCAGUGUUAACUUCAAUAAACCACACAUCGGAGAAGCAGCUCAUGCUGUGCUGUUGCAUAAUGGAAUUGAACCGCAUGUAGAAUAUAAUCGUUGCUGUAGCAUGCCUCAAUUCGAAGCUGGUAAGCUAGUACGGGUCGCCCAGGUGGCGAUUGAUCUCGCGGAGAGGCUUUGCAUGUACAUUAAACAAGGGCACGAUAUCGUCGUGCUCACUCCCUCCUGUCUGCUAAUGAUGAAGCAAGAAUGGCCUCUGCUUAUACCCAAUAAUGAAAAUAUACACAUUUUGAGCAAAAACUGCUACGACCUGACAGAAUAUAUGGUCAAACUAAAAAAGGAAAUUGGCAUUGUACCGAUUCCAGAAUUGGACACAACAGUAAGUCUUCAUCACGCGUGCCACUCCAGGUCUCAAAAUGUUGGAUUCAAAGCGCUGGAGUUAUUGAAAAUGAUACCAAAACUGAAAAUAGCAACCAUAGAAAGAUGCUCGGGACACGGUGGCUCAUUUGGCGUACAAAAAAAGGGGUUUGAAAUUGCCAACAAAGUAGGUAAAAAUGUGUUCAAACAAACCUUAGAGAAUAUAGAAAGAUGCACGACAGAUGAGCAUUUUAUAUCAAGUGAGUGUCCGUUGUCAGUCGAGCACAUAGAACAAGGAGUCACAGAUUUGGCGAAACAAGCAGGAAAAAUUUUAGAUCGAGCAAAAAUUCAAACCAAACACCCGAUAGAAAUCUUGGCGCGGGCCUAUCGGCUUUGUUAAUAUCUUGGUGAACGUGUUCGCACUUAGGGCAUCUAUAGGCUACAAAACAUUCAUUGCGCUGAUACAGCGAGCGAAAGGUAAAACGCGAAAAAAUCAUAGGCACAGCGUAAGGAUGCUUUGAAUGUAACGUCAAUUGAUCGGUGAACGCUAAACAUGAUUCGAUUUUGACUUCCAUUUAAUGCACACUUCACCUAUAGAACGAGAGAUAUUGUCCAUUCUUUGACGGCGGUCCAUUUCCUUGUUUUUCAGUACUGUACAGGAUCUGAAUUUGGUGGGAUGAUAGAUAAUAGCUGCAGUUGCUGCCGAUCCUAUUUGGGCCGAGUUUUUGAAAUGCACAUAGUUCCGCUAUUAUUGAACGCAUUCAAUUUCGAGGCGAGUAUAAUGCCUAUACCAUAAAAGGGACAAUGAUGUUGCACUUUUCGGAGAAGCAGCGCUCGACAUCUCACAGUAUUUAUAUUACAACCUAACUCAUUUUGUAUAUUACUGAUACGACAUUAACUGAUCGUUCGCAAAUUCACAUAACAGUCAGCCAAAGGAGACAGAUAUGUACUGAUGAUGAAAACCAAUAGAGCAAGAUUAUAAGCAAAUGCAUCAACCAACUCUAUCAAACAAAGAAUAUAGAAUUGAAAAAGCGCAAAAAAGUCGUGAAAAUGUCAACUGAAUGAGAAAAAGCGGUAAAAUUUCUGCAAGCCCGUUAUAAACUGCUGAACACUGGAUUAGACUUGCAGUAUUCAGUACCUCUAAAGUCGGUUCAGAUAUGGGUUUCUAUAUCCUUCACUGCUUUUAGCGUAAAAAGGGGAAGUAUUUACGGCGCAUGGGCCUGACAAACCUAUUAGAUAAAAGAUAAACUUGUCAUGAAAAUGCAAAGCAAGAAACUAUUUUUAAUGAUGUUUGUAUAGGGGAACAUAAAAUCUCUAAAUUCACAAAA